GACCACCAUACAAGAUGCAUCAUGGUCAUAGGUUUAGGAAAAAUCACUCAAAACAAAGGAUAACUACAAAACUUCAACAAAAUGAUGUCGCCAUGUCUCUGAAAAAUAUGCUAGCAAUUGGUUCCUUCAUUUCACUGGGAAUGGCCAGUCUGGCGACAGUGAUGGUGUUUUUCCAGCGUGAAGCCAACUACACUGAAUACGAAUACCUGCAGCAGCACGAGGAUCCUGAAAGUUUCCGGCCGAACUACAACCGGGUCACCUGGAAUGGACCUGUUGAUGAAGACCGAAACUUUUGUGCGAUUUGCCGAGCAUGCAUCAAGUAUAACAAUAAACGGAAAACACUGGAAUGCCAACAUUGCUUCCAUGAAAUCUGCAUCAAUCAAUGGCUCAUUGUGAAAAAGACUUGCCCGAUCUGUAGGAUGGUUUUAAAUAGUUUAAAUUAGCGAAAUAUAACUGGAAAUCAAACUCGA